UUGAGGGAGAAGAGGUGGGACAGCGACGACUCCGAUUCGGACGGCGCCGCUACCGCCCCCUUGGUCUCUUCCUCGGCGCAGAGGCCGGGGUUCCCGCCGCCUCCCACGGCGCCUGUGAGGAAGGUGAAGAUUGUCGAGGGCAAGGUGACGAUACAACCCUUGCCAGUGCUGCCGGAGAUGGUCCUCACGCCGCCUCCGGCUGAGUCCGCCCCUAAGGAUGGGGGUUUGUCUCCUGCUGCUGCUUCGCCCACGGAGAAAGAGAAAGAUGGGCACCAGGUCCCCCGCAAACCCCUCGCCCGCGCAAAGUCGAAGCGGAUGACCAUCAUGCACUUCAUUGACGGGUGGUGGGAUUUGGGACUGCUGGAGCAGGAGAGGAAGAAGAGUCUUAUGAGGGCUGCUUCUCGCAAGGUUUGA